AUGUCAGGCAUUUUGAGGAAAGCAUGUUCGAACGGGAAAGCGGCGAAGGGAAUAGAAGAACCGAGUGCAGUGAAAUUACUCUCUGGUCGGGAUGUGGAGGGUGAGGAAGAGUCAACAGACACCGAUGAGGAAGGAACAGAUUCCGGCGACGAGAGCAAAAGCGGAGAGGAGGAAGGGGAAGACAAGGGAGAUACAGGGGAAGAAGAAGGGGAGGUAGGAGAGGAUGAGGAGGAUGGAGAAGACAGCGACGAGGAGGAAGCAGAUGAGCGAGAAGAAAGCCAAGGGUUUAGGAUACUAGGUCCUGAGAAGCCGCCUAAGAAUGUCCCCGCUGUUUCAAAUCCAGGGAUUCAGCCUAGUUCAGCGUCCGCUUUAAACCCGGUCAGAAGCUUCGACGAAAUGGGACUGGAUCCGCGUCUGCUGCGCGGGCUGGUGAAGCGGCGUCUGCUGAAGCCGACUCCCGUACAGCAGUACUGCGUGCCGCUUGCUAUGGAGGGGCGCGACGUGGUGGCGAUGGCGCACACGGGGUCGGGCAAGACCCUCGCGUACCUGCUGCCGCUGCUGCACCGCGUGCUCGCCGACAAGGACUCCGCGCCCGCCGCCGCUGGCGCGGGGGGGACCUGUCCGCGCGCAGUGGUGCUGGUGCCCACGCGCGAGCUCUGCCAGCAGGUGCGCGGAGGAGGGCACAGGGAGAAGGAGGGCGAGAGAUUGUUGGGAAAGGGCAGGUGCGCGUGGCUGGGGGAGGGCGGAGUAGAAGUAGGGCGAGAGAUUGUUGGGAGAGAGGGAGGGGGGAGGGAGCGGGUGGUAGAGAUUUGGGCAGGAGAAGAUGCAUGCGUUUGGUUGAGUAUGCUGCCACCGUUUGACCCGCUGCAUUGUUCCCGCAUGAUCCCUGUCAACCGGCCAUGGCACUGGCAGGUGGCGGAGGAGGUAGCAGCUAUGGGGCAGUACUGCGGGGGUGCACUAACCGUACAGCGCCUCACCACCGGCAUGAACAAUGCUGCCAUGCGAGCGGCCAUGGAGAGGCGACCAGACGUGGUGGUGGCAACGCCAGCGCGCAUGGCGGCGUGUGUGGCGGAGGGUGUGCUGUCGCCCUCGGCGCUCAAGACACACCUCGCUGUCAUGGUGCUGGACGAGGCGGAUGUGCUUUUAUCGCACGGCUACUACAGUGAGGUGCAGGCCAUAGCACGCCACGUGCCUGUCAGCUGUCAGUGCCUCCUCCUCACCGCCACCUUCAGAGUACGGAUAGCUGAGGGAGGGGAGGGAGGGCGGGAAGAGGGAGAAGAGGAGGUGGAGAGGGAUACGGGGGAGUAUGGAGUGGUGCGGGGGAUAGACUUCAAGAACGUGAGGACAGUGAUCAACUACAGUGUGCCGAACCAGCUUGCGCCGUACGUCCAUCGGGUGGGGAGGACCGGCCGAGCCAGCAGCGUUGGCAUGGCAAUAACCCUGGUGUCCCCUAAAGAGGCGCCGCUAUUGGAGGCUCUUGACAGGAAGAUUGCCCAGUCCAUGGCACGUGCGGGCGGCGAGAAGGGCGGCGAGGAUGGCAAGAAGGGCGGCACGCAUGGCGGCGUGGAGCAUGGGGUUAAAGGGGAGAGUGGGAGUGGUAGCAGUAGGAAGCGAGCAAGGGAAGCAGAGGAUGAGGAGGGGGAGGAGAGUGAAGAGGAGGGAGAAGUGGAGGAUGACGAGGAAGAGGGUGAGGAGGAAGGAACAGAUGAGGAAGAGGAGGACGGCGAGGAGGAACAGGAGGAGUCAGAAGAAGAAGAGGAGUCAGACGAAUCAGAGAAAGAGGAAGACGAAGACGAAGAGGAGCCAGCAAAGCCGAAGCCAUACGAGUGCAGGGCGAUCGUGCCGUACCCGUACCUGCCCAAGGAGGGCGUUGAGGCACUGCGGUACCGCGGGGAGGACGUGGCAGGGAAGAUCACCCGCGUGGCCAUCCGCGAGGCGAGAGCCAAGGAGCUGCGGUGGGAGAUUCUCAACUCGGAGAAGCUCAAAGACCACUUUGAUCUCAACCCCAAGGACAGAGACCUCCUGAAGCACGACAAGGUGCUGGCCAAGGUGGCCCCCUCCCCGCAUCUCAAGAGCAAGACAGUCGGGAUGGGGGGAAAGGAGGGAGAGGAGGGAGAAGGGGAGGGGGGGUCAACAGAGGCCACAGGGGGAGGGCUGGGGGACGGGGACGGGGAGGAGGGAGAGGAAGAGGGGGGCGAGGAGGCAGGGGCAGGUCAAACGAUCCGUUGA